AUGGACGCAGAUGCCUCACGCUUCCUUGCUCAGUCGCAAUCACGCAUCGUACCUCGUCCCGAUGAGAGACCUAGGAAGGAUAGGAAUCGAAUAACACAGCAGCCUGAAAACUCCCGCUAUUUGUCUUCCCGUUCCUUCCUGCAUAGGAGACCGGCCGAUCCAUACCAUUCCGGGGCUUCGCAGUUUUCGAAUUUCGCCUUCGGUUCGCGAAAUCUAGCACAACAAGCGCCUUUAUUUCACAGUGCCACCGAGGACUUUCAUGAGGAGGAUGAAGAGGCCGAGCAUGAGCGUGAAAUAGCAGAUUUCUAUGCGCUUCAAAGAUCAAGGCGGCAUUUCGGUAGCAGCCAUUUAAAAGACUCGGAGACUGAUGAGGAUGGCAGCAACUCCCUUGAAGCCAGCCCCAAACAGCCCCUUGACGGCCCAGGGGAGUGGCCUGGAAUAGGAGUUGAGACAACAUGGCGUACUGCCAGACCAGGCAGGGCGAGAGGUCGGUUUGAUCUUACAGUGGUGGAGAAAGCUGAUGGCGAAGAAAACUUCCUUCAUGAUAGCGAAAACCGGACAAAGAGUAACUUGGUCGAUAUUCGCCUCCAGGACACGUUGAAGUCUAGUUUUCGGUUAGAAGACGGUGACCAGCGUCGGCCUGAGGAUGAUAAACCACCCUCCGUUCAAAGAUUUCGGGAGGUACCUCGAAUGGAUAGGUUAGGGAUAAAUACUUUGUCCACGCCUCAUGAAGAAAGCGAACAGUCAUUAUUAGAAGACACCCAGCAGUCGCUCAUUGAGCCCUCCCAACAAACUUCCGCGCCUCUUGGAAGGACCGAGUCCCCAGGCCACGAUGUUUUCUGGGGGCAUCUAUUCCUGAUAUCAUUGGCCUGUCUCUUUGCUACAUCAUUUCUUGUUUACUUACACACCUCUCCGCCAUCCAGAGACAAGGCUAAAUUGGGGGAUACAAUAUAUCUGACUCUCCAUGGCUCCUUUUACCGCCUCGGCAUUUAUACCCUGGUUUCGAUCUUUAUUUCAUUAUUAUGGCUCGCUCUGCUACGGUCAUACGUACGCCCCUUGGUUUACAUGAUUAUAUUCGUUGUCCCAGUGAUCCUCUACUCAUUUUUCUUGUACCCUUUUAUUUCGAGUUUCCGGAGCGGCUCCAGUGCUCAGGACAAAAUUAUGCGAUUCGGAUCGUUCGUCCCAUUCGCCAUGGCCACAGCUUGGGUUUACAACGUUAUACGAAGUCGUCAUUCCAUAGGAAAGGCAAUUAGCAUUCUUGAAUUUGCGUGUCGGAUCCUCGCCACCAAUGCAGAGCUGUUACUCCUUGGUCUAGGCAACCUUGUUCUUAUCGUCUCCUGGACAUGGGUAUGGAUGCUAAUGUUCACUCGGGUAUUUCUCGGGGGGCAUAUGUCCACGCCGAAUUCGUUUAUUGUUAACGUCAGCAGCUGGUGGCUGGGGGCCUUCUUUGUCCUUGUGUAUUUGUGGUCUCUUGGGGUCAUUGCAGGCAUUCAGCGAGCAGUCACGGCAGCAACAGUAAGCCAGUGGUAUUUCCACCGGUUUACAAACCCAACGCCAACCUCUAGGCAAGUAGUUCAGGCGGCCACAAUCCAUUCAUUGACGGCUUUAUUCGGUACAAUAUGCCUGUCUCGACUGAUAUCGUUACUGAUUCGCAUACCCUUUCUGGUACUCCCCAGACGGAUUGCAUCGAUUUUGAGUUUGUUUACCUAUGCUUUUGUUCCCGCUCCAAUCACCGGGCUCACAAGUCCUCUCGCGCUCACAUAUGCUGCGAUACAUUCUCAGCCUCUUGCCCUCUCUGCGCGCGGUCUCACUCAGAUGACGAACCUCGCGCCGUCAGUAGCGACAACGUCGCUACAUCCUAGAUCGUUUUCCAGGUCUGGCGAAAAUCAGUCGCAUCUUCUUCCUUAUAAACUUUCGAAGCUUAUACUUCAUGCCGUCCGCCUCAUGAUGUCCCUUGCCCUUGGGUUUGGAGGUUGGGUAAGCACUGCUAGAAGCUUGAGAGUGCCCACAGAUCACGGAGUGCUAAGGGGGAGCAUAUACGCUUAUAUUGUCGGCUUGAUUGCAGGAGCAAUCGGCUGGAGUGUCCUCGGAGCAAUCGAAGGCGUGGUCGCAGAUAUUGUGGAUGCAUCCAUCAUAUGCUGGAGUAGCGAGGUUGGAGCUUAUGGCAGGGAAGCGAGGUAUUGCCGUGAAGCUGGUUGGUUAUUUGGUCAGGAACCCAACCCUGAAUCUCGCUACCCGGCGUAG